AUGGUAUUUUAUUUCAAGUCACUGGAUGGUGAGUUUUCGUACUACAUGGGAAAAGACAAGUACGAGAAUGAAGAUUUGAUCAAAUACGGCUUGCCCGAAGAUGUCUGGUUCCAUGUGGACGAUUUGAGUUCCGCUCAUGUCUAUUUGCGCAUGAAACCCGGCAUGACGUUGAAUGACAUUCCCGAACCGAUUUUGCUCGAGUGUUCUUCUCUCGUCAAGGCCAAUUCGAUUGUGGGGUGUAAGAAAAGCUCGGUCUACGUGGUGUACACUCGUUGGAAGAAUUUGAAAAAGACGGCGAGCAUGGUGGAUGGUCAAGUGGGCUUUCACCGUCCCGAAAAUGUGCGUCGCAUGCAAGUGGAAAAGAACAAUCCCAUUGUACGACAAAUUGAAAAGACGAGAGUGGAAGAGUAUCCCGAUUUGUUUCAACAACAGCAACAACGAGAAAAGGAAAUUCAACGACAAAAGAAGGAGCAACACAAACUCGACCUCAAGGCCAAACAGGCGGCCGCCGCACAAGCACGGCAAGAAAAGGAAGCACGGAGUUACGAUCGCAUCAUGACGACCGACAACAUGACCAGUAAUACCGAACUCAAGGCGUCAGCAGAUACAUCGGCAGCAGAAGAAUUCGAAGAUGAUUUCUUUUGA